ACGGCGGAUCCAUACUGGGGAGAAGCCCUUCAGUUGCCCUGAGUGCGGGAAGGCCUUCAACUAUUUUUCUGACUUGCUGAAGCACCAGCAUGUCCACACGGGGGGAGAGGCCUGUUAGCUGUUCCAAAUGUGGGUACGCCUUCAGAAAUUCCUCUGCCCUGGUGAAGCACCGGCAGGUCCAUACUGGGGAGAGAGCCUUCAGCUGCCCAAGUGUGGGAAGGCCUUCACCCGCUCCUCCCAUCUGCGGAGGCACCAGUGAGUUCAUGAUUGACUGGUGGAGCAGCAAUUCCUCCGUACUACUGAGGCACCAACAGGUCCAUACGGGGGAAGAGGCCUUUCAGUGCCCCAAGUGCAGGAAGGGCUUUACCCGGGCCUCCCACCUACUUCCCCACCGGCGGGUCCACACGGGGCAGAGGCCCUACAGCUGUCCAGAAUGUGGGAGGGGCUUUACCCAGGCAUCCAACCUGUUGAUGCACUGGCAGAUCCACACUGGGGAGAGGCCCUUCAGCUGCCCUGAAUGCAGGAAGGGCUUCACCCGCUCUCCAACCUGCGGAGGCACCAGCGAGUUCAUGUACCACUGCAACGGGAUUGAAGGAGUGAGGGCAGAGUGCCAAUAUCAACUGGAUAUCAACCCAGUUCCAGCGACGACCGGGUUUGAAUCCUGCUGUGGCAUAUGGUGGAAAUAGAAUUCAGUCAGAAAUCGGGAGUUCAGAAUCUUAACAGUGAAACCAUUUUUGGUGGUGUGGCAGGGGCAAAAAACCCCAUCUGAUUCACUCACAUCCUUUUUAGGAAAGGAAAAUGCAGUUGUGGCAAAGGAUUCUCAGUCAUCCCAGCUGCAUCCUUUACCCUGUCUGGCCUACAUGUGACUCCAGACCCACAGCAGUGUGGUUGACUCUAUACUG